UGUUCGUCGCGCUAUGCUACUUAAAAUCUGCAUAAACUUGAGUUUAGCUGCGAGGCAGCCUGUGUCCCAGCCUCGAGUCUCUGUGCAUGCUAAUUGUCCAGGGCAGCUCACAUUUUGCCCUCGUCCCUCCCGUCACCUCAUGCGGGGAUGACUCGUCACACACCAAACCUUCGAGCUGAGGAAACGGCCCCAGGACUGGAGACAAGCGGCCGGUCGUUGGUGAACGUCGUGUCGAUGUCUUUGAAAAAAACAUUAAGACUGAAAUUUUGACGAAACUAUAGCAUUCCCCCAUCAUUAAUCAUUCAACCAUUCUACUCCUGCAGUGUUUUAAACUUCAAAGGGCGGAAAUAAGCAAGAGUAACUGUGCCGAAGAAAAUGUUUUUCUGCGGACUGACUAGAAAUAGUCAUGGGGAGGGACGCUGACGAACAUGAGCGCCUAGAGACCAUGAGGUGGGUGAGAGGAGAAGAAUGCCAAAAGUUCGCCGCAGCAGCGCAUCUGCAGCCUGAGGUGAGCGAGUCACAAACAAGACAAGCUGUCGGUGGUUUUCAAUGCCCGCCAUCCGACAGACUGGCCGACAACGUAGCAAGACGACAACCGUUGUGCGAGAAACGGACUCCAGCCAGUCCCCGCCGCAAACCGAGAAAGCAGCCAUGACAACGACGGCAAUGACACUUAAGGUGCCAGACAUCAACGACCUCUCGAUGCACUCGCAGUCUGACCUCAGCAGCAGCGUGACGUCAUUCGGGAAGGAUCGGGUCAAAGGGCGCUAUGACUUCGCGGCAAAGGUCAUCAUGCUGGGCGACUACGGUGUGGGCAAACCUCGCUGCUGAAGACGCUGGGCACGCUGGAAGCCCAGGAGCAAGUCCAGGAUGGUGUCAGGACCGCCACGCGCUGUCUGACCUAUCGGCCCAACGAGUACGUCGAGAUGGAGUGCGCACGCAGCGACAAGCGCGUGCUCAUCCGAAUCAUGGACACCGGAGGUCAGGAGCGGUUUCGAAGUAUGACAUCCUCAUACUUCCGGGGCGCACACGGUUGUCUGCUGAUGUUUGAUGUCGCCAAGGAGACUUCGUUUGACAACAUUAUAAACUGGUUCAACAACCUGGACAUGUACGCCGCUCCGGACCACAUCAGCGCCGUGCUGGUCGGCACCGUGUGUCAAGGUAAUGAACGUCACGUGACCGCCGAGCGGGCCUUCAAGCUGGCCGAGGGCCUGCAGCUGACGUACAUGGAGACGGACGUUCACGACGUGCAGAUGGUGCUGUGGAUCCUCCAGAAGCUCGUCAACAACGUCAUCAUCAGCCGGGCGCGGCGCCAGAGUCUGGCCAUUUCCAUCAUGCCGCCGCUGAAGAUGCCUGCGAAGAAGAAGCGGUUUAAAUGCUGCGGUGCGUCCUGACAAUACCCAGUCCCUCCCGUGCAUUCCCAAACCGCGGAAGUGACGUCAUGUGCACAACGGACAUCAGCUUGCAGACUUCCAAAACGAGGAAAAAAAGGUGUAGAGUUCUUUGAAGUACGACGAGAAAGAAGGGAAAAUGUAUGUUACUUGAUUCUUGCCUAAAAAAGUGAAGGUUCGUGUCUUUUCUGAACAUAAAAGUUUGACUAAUCACAGUUGUGGGAAGUUUUUUCCGACAAAAAGAGUCUAUGCAGGUAAUCCGAAAGUAACCGGAGAGAAAAUUAUGUAACAAACAAGACGUCUGUGUAUUCCAACAAGAUUGGACAGAUGGAGACAGACUGACCACAGGUCAACGGAUCAGUCGGUCAUCACUGAUCCCAAACAUCGACUGACUGGCGGUUACCGCAUCCUGCAACAUUUCAGAGGAGGUAUAUGCCUGUUUAUGAGUGGAUGUAGAUUGUUUAGUCCAUCCACUUUUUUUUCAAACAGUCAGUAGUCAUUGCACUUGUCGCGACUAAAUUAUUAUAUUUUACAGGUGUUUUCACACCUGAGUCUGUUUCCGCUUUCCAGCCACCGAACAGCUCAGAAAGAAAUCAAUCACUUUAAUUUUAUUUCAGAAGUCGCAGUUAAUCAAGCCAGUAAUUGAACGUGUCCGAGAGCUCCAAACUGUUAUUUCUUAAUUCAAAUUAUCAUAAUUAAUGAAACGAUCUUAUUUAUAUUUAAUGUUUGUCUUAUUUUAUUUAAUCUUGAUCGGAUAAAAAAAAAAACCCCAGCAGAUCUGAGUCGAAGUAUUUUUGGUGUAGACAUUUUCUUUUGUCUGUCUACAAGUUGUAAGCAUGAGGCAAUUUUGUGUUUUAUUCAGUUUAUAUGUAUAUAUAUUCGUUCACUUCAACAGUUCUGAGGUCUAUGUUUGAGGGGACUAUAAAGUUUAAGAAAUAAAAGUGCUCAAGAGUAACAACUCUCUACCCACCCUGCAGUCGGGUACCUCAUUAAUCAGGAAAUGUGAAAAUUGAGGAUCCGCACUCUUCAGUUAACCACUUUACAAUUCACUGCCCAUACAGCUAUAAGACUGUCAGAUGUUUUACUUUUUUGGGGGGUGGGGAGAGACCAGUGGCUUUUUCUGUGUGUCCUCCGGUAAUACUUCAACGACUUAUAGAUGAAAGUGUAAUGAGAUAUCUAUAUAUAACAUUAGCCAUGCUCCUUUGGAAAGAAAAUAUGCCUGAUGACCAUCUACUAAAGUUCAAAUUAAAUGAAAAUGUACAUCUGAUUAUUGCUGAACAUGCUGCUUUUAAGACUUUAUUGUUUCAGUAUAGCAUUCUGUACAAAGCACGGUAGGUCUCUACUAACUUGACUACAGUCAUUUAUCCGAAAAGCGGGAAGGACAUCCAAUAGUCAAAUCGUGUGUGUGUGUGUGAAAUAGGUACAUGGUAAUUGGUUGCUAAUAUUCAUGUAAACACGCAUGUAUGCUAUAUUCAUUAGUCCACUUCCGGCACAUUUGUUUACCCGGCGUUGAAAAACACAAAGACCUCGACAUACGACCUCUCACCCUUCAUCCACCACGUGCGGCUCAUCAUGGGGGCCAUAGCUGCCCUUUCAUCCCCGGUGCCAGCGUUUAUUAGAAGUUAAUUCCAGAAUGUAUGCAUGUAACCAGUUGUACAUUAUUUUACGCUUAUUUUUAUUGUUUUGUCUUCCUUAGCUUGCUUCAUAUUUAGUGCCGAAUUUCUUCCCUCGAUGUAGGUCAACGAUAUAAACUUUAAGUUCAGGUAAAAAGAUAAGGUAAAGAUCAUUUCCUGACCUUUUCAAGUAGUUGGGAGAUGAGGUUUUAGAGACCUAACUUUUCAGGUGUCUCUCCCUCCCCAACACUCUAUAGAUUCGGUACCCAUUCCCGCCAGCUGGGUCGAGUAGGGGAAAUGUGCUGCGCUACACGGGUAUCGAACCGGCACGGCUCUUAGUUUGUAUGCCAGCGCUGUCCGCUAUCCGCAAGCCCAAGAUGACCUAAGCUCAAGUUAUAACACUGUUAAUCUUUGUAAGCCAACUCUGUAAAUAAUAGAUGUGUGUUUUUCCUAAAGCGUUUUUUUAUUUCCUGAAGAUGAGAUCCAAUUCGAUUUAUAUCAGAUUAAAUACCAGUGGCCAUCAACGUUGUAUAUGUGGGCUGACUGUAUGUAAUGUAUGCAUGUAAUGAACUGUGAUUGUAUCUGCAGCUAUGAUUUUUAUUAAAUGUACACUAUGUGCUUU